AUGGCGCGGUCGUGGCGUACGCGUGCACACGGAUGGGGUGUGGCUUCCCCAAAGAAGUUGCUGCGCGGUGCUUUCCUGUUCUUGCUUUCUGCAGCCGUUGCGUCUUGGCUGCUUCUAGGGGGUGGCGUUCAGAGCGAAGGGAACAAUGAGAGGGGUAACUUACUGGGGAAGGUACUUCACAGGCCUUCUGCACAUCAUUUUGUCCCCUUGUCCACGAAGCACACGCCUCCACAGGGCUUUUUGCUGGCACACACCAACAAAGUUGCUCCGUCCGUCGUCUCAUUGAAAACGUCGUUCGCGGGAAAUACAGCUAACGAGAUUGUGGUGCAAAACAACCCUGGCACCAUCAAGCACGCCAUAUUCGCGAACAGCAGCGCCGACGGGGGAGCUUUUAUCACAAAGAUCAAAAGACUUAGCUACUGCCACUACGAGGUUCACAAUUUUUGUGUGGAUCGGGGGACGUUGUUGUUUUUCCAUCACCCGAUGCAGGGAACACGCAAGGCUAAGCAGGGCCUGCGCGCAUGUAAUGAGUUUUCCCGCCAUAGCCCAUCCAUAUACAUUAAGUAUUGGUCCAUUGCGCUUUCGAAUUCUACGCUUGAACCUCUUCCUGCGCCGCUUAACACCGUCACCAAAGGAUGGAUUUUGCAGUUUUGGUGUCAAGAUCUUUUCCACAUGACCCUUUCGCUUCUUCCAGCGUUUCAUACCAAACGGGACGUUGGGCAACAAGAUGCUGAUGUGUACAUUCGAAUAGCGAGGGGUAUACGAAGGAAAGGUGGUUAUUGUAACGUUAAACUUGGCGACCCACAGAACUUUGAGAACCCGAGAAACAUAAAAUACAAUCAAGAUCAUCAAUUUCCGUUUGCAGGAAAUCCAUAUUGGCCAUUCUACCGGAUCUUGACCAGUCGCUCAGAGAAGAUUCAUCCGCUAAAAUCGGGUACAAGUCUGCAAGCCGCGUGUUACCAGCACGGGGUUAUUGACAAACGUUACAUCAAGAGCAUGAUGGGUUCGGAGGCACGGAACUAUAGUGUCAGUGUUUUGGAAAUGAUGGGGGUACCGCCUGGUCAACCACGACCUUGCGGGAGCAAAUAUCGUGCUACAAUGAUUGACCGACGAGGACGUACACGCCGGCUAACUAACAUACCAGAUAUUGUUCAAAUUAUGCAAAGUAUGGGAUUUGAUUCCCAGGUCGUGGCCUUUGAGACGCUACCCAUUCGCGAACAACUUCGCAUUGUCACAAUGACCGACCUUUUGAUUGGAGUUCAUGGAAAUGGACUCAUGUGGCUACAAUUCUUGCCCCCAGGAUCCGCGGUGAUUGAGCUGGUAGGGGUGUGGUAUACACCAUACACACUGCUGUGGGGGCACAGCUAUUUUCAUUCCAAAGAUGGGAAUAACCCAGAAUACAAGCAGCGAGGCGAGUACCACCCAUUUGCGCACAACAUCACUGAGGUGCGCGAACUUCUGGCGAAAGCCAAAGGGGCUCUUGACCGUACUAGAUGUGGCAAAACACCUUUUAAUCCGCCAAAUGAACAACUUUCCAACUUAUACUCUAGUUGUGCACCACACUGUUGA